AUGUCAGAGCUUCGCCAGCGCCCGACCGCAGCGACCUCUGGGUCCAAACGCGAUACGGACACAACGGCAUCGCGACAACCGCGUCGCCCCUCUGAAGGGAGCUGCAGUAUCAGUGUGCUAGAUAUCAUCCGCGUUCUAGCGACUCUGCUCAUCGCUUCAUGUGGCCUUUCUUACUAUGUGACCAACUCCGAGUCUGUCCUGUGGGGGUACCGCCCGUGGUAUACACGGUGGCCGAUCGUGAAAUCGUACUUGACUGGACCGGUGCUCCUAACACCCUCCCAGUUGUCACUCUACAAUGGCUCCGACCCCUCCCUCCCCAUCUACCUCGCUGUCAACGGAUCCAUCUUCGACGUCUCCGCCAACCCAGCCAUGUACGGACCGGGCGGAGGCUACAGCUUCUUUUCCGGACGCGAUGCGACGCGUGCAUUUGUCACAGGGUGUUUCAAGGAGGACCUUACCUCUGAUCUGCUCGGGGCAGAGGAGAUGUUUUUGCCGGUGGAAGAUGUGGAAGACGAGGGUAUUACGUCGGCACAGAAGAAGAUUCGGAGGGAGAAGGAGGUGAGAGUGGCGAAGCAGCAAGUCCAUAAGACUGUUGCGCGCUGGGAGAGCUUCUUCCGAAACCACAAGCGGUAUUUCCAGGUUGGCAGGGUUAUUGACGAUGGCGAUGGAAACGAACGCAAGGGUAAGCGUCCUCUCUGCGAAGGGGCGCAAGGACAAAGGCCCAAGCGAAGCGAAAUGAAGGAUUAG